UGAUUGUUUUCGAUCGGUUUUUGCCGUACUGUAGUUAAAGCAGCAUUCACAGCUAACUCUUUACAAAUUAUUUACUUGAAAAUAAAACCAGAACGGUACUGAGCUUGGAUUCAAAGGUUGAAUACCAGCUUGGUCCCCAGCAUGUGACCCACUUGGUUUACGACGAAAAGUCAUCGCAGGACGUGUUUCUCAUGAUCCGUAGGAAGAAGGUGACCAUCUUCACCGAUUGCAAGGACACAACCACAGUUCUUGAGCUCAAAAAGAUGAUUGAAGGAAUUCUGAAAGUGCCUCCACAAGACCAAAAGCUGUACAACAAGAACAGUGUGGUGAUGGAGGACAACAAGACUUUGCAGGAGUAUGGGUUGAGCGCCACAACAGCCAAGGCCCAGUCGCCAGCUCCGGUUGGCCUUUCUGUCAGGCUGCCAAACUCAACUGAGUUUGAGGAGCUGGAGUUGACCCCCUACUCAACUCCUCCCGAGCUGCCAGAUGUGAUGAAAUCUCAGGAAAACAACGGAACCGAGCAGGCCUCCUAAAUAUGCAGUGCAUUUGACUUGAGCCUGUACACUUUCCCCGGCCAAAAUUUUCAUCACUGGGGACACAUUUUCUCCUAAAAACUUUAGUUUUGUGUCCGUCUCUCGAAAAACCAAUUGAAUAAUUUUAGAUAAGCGCCACGAAUCGUCACAGCAGCAUUAAUGAACCCCGCUUGUGAUUUGAUCUCUGCUAUUUAGUUGACAGUUGUAAGGCAUUCAGUUAAAAGUAUAAUUUUAUAAGCCGAUCUGACCAUUGAAAGACAAUUGAUCAUAUAUAAAUAGAAGCAAGCUCAAAAUUAAGUUUUGUCGCCUACACUCAACGAUAUCCAACCACCCAAGGGGAAAUCCCAAAUUUAAACUGCUCCAUAAUUCCUCCAUUUUUGUGUAAUCUUGUAUAAUAAUAACUUAAUUUAAAACCAAAUAUGACAAUGCGGUCAUGCUUGUUAUCAAAAAAUUAAUUUUGGAGGGAUACUGUAAUUUGAUGAAAUUCUUAAUAUGGGGAGAGAAUAAUAUCAGUCGUUGCAACUUAAAAUUUGAGUGUCGAUGAUUGUAAUCAAAUAAAGAUGUUUCUUACAUGAAUAAAAUCAGACAUAUUUGUUUACUUCUAAAUUGAA